AUGGCUGCUGGUUCAGGAGGAGGUGGUGUGGAGACGACGCCGACUUGGAUCGUAGCGUUGGUGUGUUCUGCCAUCAUCUUCAUCUCCAUCUUGGUCGAGAGAAUCCUUCAUCAUCUCGGCAAGAGAUGGAAGAAGAAGAAUAGAAAGGCACUUCAUGAAUCGUUGCUUAAAGUGAAGGAAGAACUGAUGCUGUUAGGGUUUAUUUCCUUGAUGCUUGCGCUCUUCCAAGGGGCAGCAAGCAGCAUAUGCAUCCCCGAGAGUGCCACCAAAUACAUGCUUCCAUGUAAAGCAGCAGAUCCAAACCCACCAAAGCAAAUGCAUUACCAAAUCAAUCUUAGUGCUUCAAAUUUCAUGGGUAACAAGAGACGCCUCCUUGCUGCGGCAGCAACCACUGACGUCUGUGCAAGAAAGGGGAAGGUUCAAUUGCUGUCUCUGUCGGCCAUACAUGAAAUACAUAUUUUUAUCUUCAUACUGGCGGUUGCUCACGUAAUAUUCAGUGCUACCACCAUCAUUUUAGGAGGUUUAAAGAUGCGCCAAUGGAAAAGAUGGGAGGAGUCCAUCACAAGUGAGGACAGUGUGAAAGAGACAGGAAGUGAAUUCACUAGCGUCCGGCAGCAUGCAUUUAUUAAGGAACACUCUGUGGGCCAUCUCCUCAUCUUAAGUUGGUUGACUUCUUUUCUAAAGCAAUUCUAUCCUGGCGUUACAAAGUCUGACUACAUCACAUUAAGACUAGGAUUCAUUCAGAAACAUUGCCAAGGAAACCCAAAGUUCAAUUUUCACAAAUACAUGGUUCGAGCACUUGAAGUGGAUUUUAAGAAAGUUGUCGGGAUAAGUUGGUCUCUUUGGAUAUUUGUGGUGAUCUUCUUGUUAUUGAAUGUCAAUGGAUGGAACAUGUACUUUUGGAUGGCAUUUAUUCCUCUACUACUCCUACUUGUAGUAGGUACUAAAUUGGAGCAUGUAAUUACCCAACUUGCAAGAGAUGUUGUCAACAAACACACAGCUAUAGAAGGAGAUUUGAUAGUCCAGCUUUCAGACGAUCACUUUUGGUUUCAUAAGCCUCGACUUGUCCUCCACAUGAUUCAUUUCAUCCUCUUUCAAAAUGCAUUUGAAAUUGCUUUUUUCUUUUGGUCACUGUUCAUGUUUGGUCGUGAUUCAUGCAUCAUGGGAAAUACCAACCUUAUUGCUCCCAGACUUGUCAUUGGAAUGAUUGUUCAAGUACUUUGUAGCUUCAGCACUUUGCCACUAUAUGCAAUUGUCACCCAGAUGGGAAGUUCAUUCAAGAGGGCAAUGUUUCAUGAGCACGUACAAGAAAGCCUGGUAGGAUGGGCCCAAAAGGCCAAAAAGCAUAAAGAAGCUAAAGUGAACACCAUUCGCCUGGGUGAAGGUUCUGCUUCUCCUGCAAUCAUGAGAAGUGAUCCAAACAAUGAACAUUAA